AUGGCAGUGCUGUUGGGUGAGCAGCAAAUCCUGUUGGGCGCCACCACAUUUCGCACGAAAUUCCCAGAGCCUCGCUAUGACAUGGAUUCCGUGCUGCAAGGUGGCAUUGAUGCCUGCAUGUCUGGCGCGGCGGGUUACAUCCUCACCUUGGGUGUGGUUGAAGGCGCCCGAGGAAGAGGGCUAGCACAAGCGCUACUGAGAAAGACGAUUGAGGCCAUUCAGGCGCAGUUGCCCCAGCUGAAAGCGAUUUGGGUCCAUGUGAUUUCCUACAAUCAUCCAGCCAUUUCCCUAUAUGAACGCAUGGGCCUUCAACUGGUGAGGCGUUUUCCCCGAUUCUACAACUUUCAUGAUCAAGUCUGGGAUUCUUUUCUUUAUGUGCUCUAUGAGAAGGGGGGGCCGGCCCCCUGA